UCAUGAAGACAAGAGCAAACAUAGAAAAAGAAUAUGGCCUGGCACUGUCAAAACUAGCAAACAGUAAUCUUCAGCGAAAAUUUCCCCCAUCUGCAGAAAUAAAAAGUGGUUAUGGUGAUCAACAAAGAACUGUCUACACAAUAUGGAAGACCCUAUUAGAUGAAACAGACAAGAUAGCUCAAGCUAAGUUGGCAGCAGUUGAUGUGUAUCAAGAAGUGUCAGAGAAAGCAAAAGCUUUAAGAAACAAUAAGCUACAGGUGUCAAAAAGGUGUUUUGACAACAUUCGGAAGAUGCAUGAAGAAUUGCAGCAGUCUGUGCAGGAAGUGGACAAAACUAGAAAACUUUAUUUUGAAGAGGAACACAUGGCUCAUGGGGCAAGAGAGAAAGCUCAUGAUGCAGAAGAAAAAUUGAAGAGGAAAAAAGGAAGAAUAUUUCAGUCAAUUUCAUCCCUCCAAAGAAACAGUGCUAAGUUUUCUUCAAGAAAGGAAGCAUGUGAUAUUCAAGCUACAAAAGCUCGAAAUGACUACAUUCUUGCAUUGGUGGCUGCAAAUGCUCAUCUAUACAGGUUUUAUAAUAUUGACUUGGCAGACGUUAUUCAGAAUCUGGAUUGUGACAUUUAUGACAAAAUCAAAGAAUACAUUCAACUGGUUAGCAGGACUGAGCUUCUUACGUGUGCUGCUUGGCAAUCAUCAUUUACAAACUUACAGAGAGAGUCGGAAAGUGCUACAAAAGACUACACAAUGGACUGCUUUCUAAGUGACAACCCAGUCUUGUCCAAAACAAUGCAAUAUAACUUUGAACCAUGUGAUGGGGAUGUGAUUUUUAAAGUAUCUACUGAAUACAAUGCUGGGCUUUGCUUGAGCAAAGAAGCCCGAAUGUGGGCUUCUUGUAUUGCUAAGGAGAGUCGCACUAUAAGAAAUUGUUAUGAAGAGUUAAACAGAUUUCAGUCUGAAUUCAUUGGAAAGGAAAAAAGUUCAGUAUCCUCCAGUGGUGAGAAAACAGUAGCUGAAAUUGAUCCAGAAAUAAGGAUUGAAGAACUUCGACAGUUGAUUCGUAAGGCAGAGACAGGAAAGGCUAAAGCAGAGGCCAGGAUAGAAGCAUUACGAGAAGGAGAAGUAAACGUGGAGGAAUGA